UGAUUCUUUCUAAUAAGUAUUUAUUUUCAAAAGGUUUUAAAUAUUAAAACAAUGGAAGAAAAUGUUUUGAUACUGUGUGUGCUAUGUAAAAGACCAAUAGAUAAUUGUUGUAAAAGUCAAUUGUGGGAAAACGAUGCUUACAAAAUUUGCAAGGCUUGCGCAGAUUCAUCGUGUGGUAUUUCCUACAAUGAGGGCGUUAUAUUAAUUGAAAAAGCUUUCCAAAAUUUUACACAAAAAUCAAUAGAAGAAGUUAUAUCUUCAUCAUUGUUGAUGUCUAUUUCUUCUGGUCAACUCUAUAGUUACAGACACAAUAUAUAUAAAGCUAGUGGAAAAGCAAAAAGAAACCUUAAAGACGAAGACCUAAUGUAUCUUUUACCGGAAGAUAAAAAAAAUUAUUUUUUUUGUGCUCUUUCAAAGUCAUUUAAUAAUCAUACGUCUAAUGAUUAUACUUUUAAAGUAUUGCUUCCUGAAGCAAUACUGUAUCUUUUUGCAAAGGUGCAAAGAAUUUCAAGAAUCAAAGCUGAAGUAUUGUUAAGUUCAUAUUCUUUGCAAAGGAACAAUGAACUGUUAAAUAAAAUCUCAGAUGAAGAUAAUGAUUUUAUUUUGGAAACAAAUAUUACAUUGGAAAAAGAAAAGGUUUCUAAUGAUUUGGUUGAGAGUUCACUCAAUAGUGUUAAUGUUGAAACAGAAAGUAUAACAAAUCAACCAGCAAUUGGAAUUGACAAGGGUACCGUUAUUGAUACAACCAAGACUUGUUCUUCAGUUGUGCCUUUGUUUAAAAAAGUUGUAAAGUCGAGGAAUAAAGUAAAGUGCCCUGUUUGUGGAAAAUUUAUAUUCCACUUAAAACGACACUUAAUAACCAAACACAAAUGGGAUGAAGUUAAGGCAAAAUCUGCUCGCCUUAAUUUUGGGCUUAACGCAAAAAGAAAAGUUUUAACCACUACCAAAAAAAAAGCAAAGAGCAAAAUUUAUAAAAGAAAAAUUUGUCCUAUGCUCCAUUGCACAAAAGAGUUACUUAGACUCGGAAAUCAUCUGAGACAGUUCCACAAAUUGGUUAAUUUUAAUUUAACUAAAAAUGUAAGUGUUCUUGAAAAUUUUGAAAGUGAAUCUGAUGAGAAAUCAAACUCCUCAAGUGACUUUAGCGAUAACCCAAGUCUUGAGUGUCAUUUUGAUAAAGAAAUUUUUGUUCAAGGUGAAAAUUUUUUAGAAGUAAAUUCAAGCAGUGAUGAAGACUGGUUAGCUUCAGAAUAUGUUCAAUCUAGAUUUUUGAAAAAAGAUGGUUCUGAAAAUUCCUCCUUUUCUAAAUCACAUUCAUUAUCUGAGUUCUCCGACAAUGAAGAUGAAGAUGACACAUUUUAUAUGACAUCAUCAAUAGAAGACAGUUUAAUGCAAAACUUCGUAGAAUGGCUUGUUAUUUCUUCUGGUGGUCGUAAACCAAAAAGGUCUGCAGUAAAACAUAAAGGAAUUAUAAUGGGUAUAGUUAGACAUAAAGAUAAUAAGGAUAUAAAUUAUGUUAACCUCUCCAAAGAGUCUUUUUUAAACUCAUGGAUGACAGAGCUAGAUAAAAAAGGAAAAAAGCCAGGAACGAUAAAAACAUAUUUAGGGUCAAUAAAACAUUUUUUAGAUUUUUGUCUAACAACAGAUAGAACUGAUAUCAUAGGACACAAGGAACAUUCAAAAAUUGUUACAUUAAUUUUGCAAUGGGGUAAAUCUUUGCAAAAAUCAAUAAAGGAGAAUCAGUAUGACAAGGAUAUUAUUGACUUUAAUAACUUUCCUACAGCAGAAGAAAUAGUAAUAUUAGAUAAUUCUGAUAUUGUUAAAGAUGCAACAAAUGUUCUAAAAUCAAGUAAUACAAGUUUUUUUAAAGUAAACAAAACAUCUUUUUGUCUUGUCAGAGAUUACUUAAUAACUUGCAUUGUUUUCGAUAAUGCUUCGAGACCAGGUGCAAUAUGCAAUAUGACGUUAAAUGAAUUUUCAGUUGCUUUUGAGAACACAGAUGGUUUUGUUGUUAGCGUUAAAAAACAUAAAACUUCUUAUAAAGGGCCAGCACAUAUUGCAUUGUCAAAGACCUUAUAUCUGCAUGUACAAAAGUAUAUAACUUUUUUAAGAAAUACCUUAGAUGGGGUAUCUACAUCACAAGACUCUUAUGUGUUUGUAAGUUGGCAUGGGGGUGCUAUUUCUUCCUCAAUGCUGACUACACAGUUUUCUAAUUUUUGGAAAAAAGCCACAGGAAAAAUUACAAAAAUGACCCCAACUAUUGUUAGAAAGUUUAUUACAACUACUGUUCACGAAAACCAUAGUGAGUUAAAACAAAACACAGCUAAUUUACUAUGCCACAGUUUAAAAACGGCUGAACAAGCUUAUGCCCUUUUUGAUAACAGAAAAAAAGCUGGCGAAACAAGUAAAAAACUUCAUGAUGUACAAAGAAUGUUGAAACAAGAAUCUUCUUUUAAUAGCAUGUUUAUGUAUGAAAUAUCCAGAGGCAAUAUUACUCUAGAAGAUGUCAAAGUUAAGUUUAAAGAACACCCAACACUGGGAGAUGCAUCUUGUUCGAAAAGUAUUAAAAAAGUUUUGGAUAGCGUUCGCUACAUUAAAAAGAAAAACAAACUAUAUGAUAAUGAUAAAGAAUAUAAUGUAAACGACGAAUCUGACGAAAAUCCAAGCGAUUUAAGCUUAAACUCUUCUGCGAUAAACAAACUAAGAGAACAUAAAGAGUUUAGUCCAACUGACUUAAAUUUAGUAUUUUUACACUUGGCAAAGUUUAUAAAAUCAAAUGAACCGUUGAUAAAAAAAGAAAUUUUACAUUAUCUGCAAACUGUUCCAGAAUGUAAAGUGUUGUUAGAGAAAUUUGGAGUUAGUUCGUUAAUUGUCAAAAUCCGAACUGAGAGAAAGAAAGUAAUAGCAGGCUCUCAAUAAACUGUAUAAAUCAUUGUCAAUUUUAGAAUAGAUCAUUUUUUCUGUUAAUUAUUUUUGUAUUAUAUCUAAAUAUAAACAUAUAAUUAGAAACAUG